GGCGUGGCCUGCGGGCCGGCGAGGGAGGGGGAGCGGCCGGGGACGGCGUGGGCCUGUGUGUUGGCGGCGCCGGGGCUCGCGGGAGCUGCUCGGAGGCUCGGCCCGGGAGGAGGCCGCCGCCACGCUUCCUGGGAGCUACUGAGUGACUUGUUUGAAGAAUCAUGAAGUCCCACUGUGUGGUGCUAGCUCUAGGCUCCCUGCUGGUCCUGAUGUGUGUCCCUGGGUCACAGAGCUGUAACAAAGCACUAUGUGCCAGCGACGUGAGCAAGUGCCUCAUUCAGGAGCUCUGCCAGUGCCGGCCUGGAGAAGGGAGCUGCCCGUGCUGUAAGGAGUGCAUGCUGUGCCUCGGGGCCCUGUGGGACGAGUGCUGUGACUGUGUGGGUAUGUGUAACCCUCGGAACUACAGUGACACGCCUCCCACUUCAAAGAGCACCGUGGAGGAGCUGCACGAGCCCAUCCCUUCGCUGUUCAGGGCGCUCACGGAGGGCGACACCCAGCUCAACUGGAACAUUGUCUCCUUCCCUGUGGCAGAGGAGCUUUCACACCACGAAAACCUAGUGUCCUUUUUAGAAACUGUGAACCAGCCACACCACCAAAAUGUGUCUGUUCCCAGCAACAAUGUUCACGCCCCUUAUCCCAGCGACAAAGAGCACAUGUGCACUGUGGUUUAUUUUGAUGACUGCAUGUCCAUAUACCAGUGUAAAAUAUCCUGUGAGUCCAUGGGCGCAUCCAAAUACCGCUGGUUUCACAACGCCUGCUGCGAGUGCGUCGGCCCCGAGUGCAUCGACUAUGGGAGUAAAACUGUCAAGUGUAUGAACUGCAUGUUUUAAAGCAGGAAAAGAAACGCAAACCAAAGCAGCUUACGCACCAGGGGAUGUGAGGGUUACUCAGCAAGUCAGGAGGUGCGCAGAGCUCAUCCAAGUCCUGUAUGCAGGAACAUGUUACAUUGUGUUGUAACUGUGCUUUUGUGUUUGCUGCCUAUUAGCAUUUGUCUUUUCCGCUGGAUACAGUAGAACUUUAGUCUCAUGAGAAUCAGGUUCAGAGGAGUCCUAGAAAGAUCUGACCUUCUGACAGAAGGUGGUGU